AUGCGGGUGCAGCCGGCCCCUCGGCGGCUCGGCCGGGGCUCCUGCAGGCCGGGCCCUGGCACGAGACGGCCCGAGCGACGGGAGCCGGGCCCGGAGGUGACGGCAGAAGCCGGCUCCACUGUGAAUCUGUCCUGCAACCUGACGGGGCCGAGGCUGAGCUGGUGGUGGGUCCCGCGAUACCCGCGCUGCGCUGGUGGCAGCGGUGGGAUACAGACGAUUUACACAGUGACGGCGGCCGGGGCAGCCAACGCUCCGGAGGGGAGAUUUCAGAAGCGGCUGCGGCUCCUAAUGGAUCAGGGCACCCGAACCUCCGUCCUCGAACUCCGACCCCUCCACAUGAACGACUCGGGGGCCUUCUUCUGUGCCAGCCCCAGCCAGGAGGCCCCACUGAUCUCCAUGACCGUCACCCCCGGCUGCCCGGCCGGGGCGUCCAUCACCGCGGUCCCCCAGGAGCCAGUCGGGGAGGGAGCGUCUGUGUCGCUCUCCUGUUCCCCCUGUGGGGCGCAGGGACCCACCUCACCCCCAGCAGGGGGCGCCACGUGGUGGCUCAAUGGGAAGCCGCUGCCAGACUCCGCAGCCCUUCGGAUCCUGAGGGCCAAGGUGACGAUAGAGGGUUUCUCCAGCCGCUGGGAGGGUCUGUGGAGCUGCCACCUGCCUGGGGAUCCCCCCCGGUCUGGGGGCUACUGCCUGGAGCGCCACCCGGGGGCGCACGGGACCCAGGAGAGCCCCCCACCCGGCCCCACCCCCCUCAGCGCCGGGCGAGUGAUCCCAGCCCCCAUUCUUUCCCCAGGCCCCAGUCCCACCUCGCUCCUGCCUCUGGUCGGGGGCUGCGCGGGGGCCGCUCUGGGCCUGGUCCUCGUGGGCAUCGUCGCUGUUAUUUGCCGUAGGAGGCGCCGGGCCAGGGCCGCCAGCGCGACCCCCAGGGUGACGGAAAUGGACAGAAAAUCGGAGCGAGCAGCGGAGCAGCCCGGCCCCCCCGCGCCUGGCGGAGCCGAGCAGAAGCCGCCGCCCCCCAACCCCCACCCUGAUGGCGAGGGCCCCGAGGGGAUCUCGUACAGCACCCUGCACUUCCAGGCGCCCCGCGGGGCCGGGGCCGGGGCCAGGGCGGAAACCGGCCCGGCCACCAUCUACUCCGAGCUGGCCACCCGCCACGGCUGACGGGCGCGGGCACCUCUGGGGCACGGCCAGGCCCCAGCUCGGGCAAAGACGCCCCCUUCCCUGGAGACUCCCAGCCCCAUGCGA